AUGAGGCCUGAUGUGGGCUCAAUCGACCUGGGGCCGAUCGAUGUUCGGUCCUCGAGGCAUCCAGUAAAGGAGGAUGGGGUCGACCUUGACAAGCGGCGUCAAUCCGCAGAAAAGCAGAAGUCCACAAAGGACUCAGAAAAGAAAGAAAAGAAGAAAAAGAAUCUCGACCGCCAAUCGUUGAAGCGGACGCUUGAGCAGGCCCAGCCUUUAAUGGCGAAAAGGCUUAAAGUGGGCGCGGCCUCUAGAGAUUCGGGCACCUCCGACCCUCGACCGCCGACUGGUGCUGAGAGCGCCCCGCCCCAUCCCCCGGUGGAGCGGAGGAGGAAAGGGGAAAGAGAGCGCGAGCAGAAGACGCAGCAACAGCCGCAGGAGGAACAGCAGCUGCAGCCGAAGCGAGGAGAAGUGGGGCAGCCGUCAGCAGGUCCCCAGCUCGAGGAGCAGCUGGAGCAGGACCGUCGCCAGGAGCCGCAGGAGCCCCAGGAGCUGCAACAGCAGAGGGGCCAGCAGUUGGAGGAACCGCUCGAGCCUCCUCCUCACAGUCCGCCCCAACCAGUACCACCGGCGCCACAAGAGCCCGAGAACCAGGAGGAGGGGUCGCGUGGGAGGACCAUUGGUCUCUCCACGUACGUCUGGGUGUUUGGACAUAUUGCCCUGGUGAGCGACGCCGCGGCAUUGUCUAAACCGAACAGCAACGCUCUUCUUGGGGGAGAGCGCGCGGGGCGCGUCACCUCCUGUCGUCGUGUGAUCCUUGUAGCGCUGAGCCGUCAUGCCCAUGGUUCCGGCAUGUGGGGCUGUUGA